AUUGAAGGCUUACGAUACGGACUUUCGUGGCAUUCCCUUGCGAUAGUCUAGUGUGUAUUUUUAGUUUAAAUAUCGUAGAAAUUCUGACAUAUUGACCCCGUUUUCUUUUCUUUUACUGUAUUAGACUUCAUCCUGUAUUCCAUCAUCAUAAUGGCGGAUAGUAAAUCGAAGACAGACUACACUCUUCAUGUGUACUUUACCCGAUAUUCAAGUUGGGGAUCGCGGGUUGAACUUAUCCUUUCAUACUUCCACAUACCCUGUGAUAUUAAGCUGUAUGGCAUGAAUAAUCCGGCCGCCGCACCGCCGGCACGUUUCGCGAAAGGCCUACUCCCUGCCUUACAGGUUGGUGCGGAAGAUGAAGAUUUUGUAAUCGCCGACUCUCUUGCUAUAAGCGAGUUUUUAGCAGAGCAGCACCCAGAGCUUCACUUAUGGCCAAAGGACCUUAAGUUAAGGGCAUUAGCAAGAACGGCAGUAGCGCAGAUGCAUUCCGGUUUCAGUGAGAUCCGCAAUACAUAUGCGACCAACUUCCUCGGCAAGUAUACUGGUAAUAUUCCCCUCAGCGAAUCUGUUACCAUGGAGAUAAGGGGAAUGGUUGAACUUUGGAGCAAGGCGCGAGCAGAUACUAAGAAAAGGCUGCAAGAGCUGGGCGAAGAGGAUGAAGGAUUUUUAUUCGGCGGCUUCACUAUUGCCGAUGCUUUUUUCUGGCCUGUUCUAUGGCGCUUUCGCAGCUACCAACUACCCCUGACUGGGAUUAGUGAAGACGGGUUGAAGUGGAUGGCGAAGAUGUGGAAUGACCCAACCAUAAAACUCCAGAUCCAGGAGUACUUCCGACAAGCAAGAAAUCCGUUAAGCAAGAUUGAGAAGUAUGAGGAUAUUUUCAGGAGCAACUUUGAUAUUGAGUAUGGCCAAUUCACUGAGGACUGGAUCUUUGAGUCAUAAUUCGGAGGUCCAGACCCAAUAUUUUGACUGUCACCCCGCUGAGUACCUAACCUAUGAUGUAGGUGUCAGAUUGACUACAUGGCUCGGUAUCGUUAAAGCAGCCGUUAACGAUACCGAGCCAAUGUGGUCAAUCUGACACCUAGAAGUCUUCCUCAGGGGCGGGGUGAAGAUUGAAGGGCUACUACUGGCCGGACCUUACCAUAUACUUGUGUAGUGUGUACGCAAGCUCCCCAACACCCUAGGUUAGGUUAAAGGGUUAGCGGUCGUCGAGUUUACGUAGACAGCACAAGUACAACUAUAUCUAAUAAUGAUCUGACAAUGAUCUAUCUGGCAAUGAUCUAAUAAUAGGGAUCUAUGUAUUUCAAAGCCACACCAGCUGAAUAGUACCCAGGCAACAACCCGGGUUCUCGGGAAGAUAAUCUUUCCCGAAGCUGAGAUCAAUCUGGAUUAUACGAU